CUAGGCCUAAACAAAGGUGUGAGAGAUAGUUGGGUUCUCUAUACGCUAGAGAGGAACCUUAGCAAUACCUUCGAACGUUUAGCACUGAGGAACAAGGGAGUGCUAACGUUUGUAUAACGUGAUAACAGGCUGUAGCUGCGAAACUAUGGUAGUUGGUGUGGAAGAAGAAAACAUGACUGGUAGACAGAGAAGCUAUAGUACCGGAUCUGAUGUAUCAGAUCAUUUUACUGAAAUAAACGAAAGACCUGUUGAUGAUAUAUCAAUUGGGUUCUUUUAUAAACCACAUACAAUAACGCUUUUGACAGUUUCAAUAGGAGCACUUUUAUAUUUUGCUUUUACAAGGGAUGAUGAAAAUAGUUUGGAAGAUAAUAUCUGGAGUGGUAUUUGCUGUGUAGUUUUCUUCUUUCUCAUCAUCAGUGUUUUAACAUUUCCAAAUGGUCCAUUUACAAGGCCACAUCCAGCAAUAUGGAGAAUGGUGUUUGGAUUAAGUGUUCUCUACUUAAUGAGCCUGCUGUUCAUCCUGUUUCAAAACUACAAGACUGUUAAGUCAAUUAUGUAUUGGUUUUAUCCAGAUCUUAUUGCAUUCAAGAUAGAUACUGAGAAGGAAUAUGGAGUAAACUGUUCAGAUGUCACAUUAGAGAGGAUUUGGAGCCACAUAGAUGUAUUUGCCUUUGGCCACUUUUUUGGCUGGGCUAUGAAAGCCAUGCUAGUGAGAAACUACGGAAUUUGCUGGACAAUCAGUGUUACAUGGGAAAUAACAGAAGUUUUUUUUGCUCAUUUGUUACCCAACUUUAUUGAAUGCUGGUGGGAUGCUUUGAUUCUGGAUGUGUUGUUAUGUAACGGUUUGGGGAUCUGGUUUGGAAUGUUCAUCUGUAAGAAGCUAGAAAUGAGAACCUACAACUGGGAAAGUAUCAAAGAUAUUCAAACAACAACAGGAAAAAUUCGCCGUGCAGCUCUACAGUUCACCCCUGCCAGUUGGACUCAUGUCAGGUGGCUAGAUCCAAACUGCACGUACAUGAGAUUUUUGGCUGUGUCUGAACUUGUGAUUUUUUGGCAAGUUACAGAAUUGAACACUUUCUUUCUGAAACACAUAUUUGAAAUACCUCCUGGACAUGCUCUGAGUGUGGGAAGGAUAUGCCUGAUAGGAAUAGUUGUGGCUCCAACACUUAGGCAGUACUACAGUUACGUUACGGACACACGAUGUAAACGAGUUGGUACCCAGUGUUGGAUGUUUGGUGCCAUUAUGAUGACAGAGGCAAUCAUUUGUAUUAAGUUUGGCUCCGAACUGUUUGCCCAGACGCAAAUAAAGAACAUGCUCCUCUGGCUUCUUAUUCAGAUGCUGUUAAGUGUGCUGUGUGUUUAUGGAUGUGUAUUGUAUUCCAAACGACAGCAAGAGAAAAGAUAUCUGAAAGUAAACACCAAAACCGAGUUCUACAAGUCUGAGUACAGGAAAGGAAUUCAGAUUGACAAUAGUAUAUCACGACAUGUUUCUAAAAGUGAUGCAGUUUUUCCCAACAAGCGAGAGAUGACUAGGCAGAGAAGAUCCAAGCUGGCUAAUGGUUAUUAAAGUAUAAAAUUUUCUUCUUAAGUACACUUUGAGUUCAAAAGUACAUUUUUUUCAUCUUUUGUCUUAGAAACCACCCUCGAGGGGAGAGGGGGGGAUAGUAUAAUCUAGAAGAGCAGCUUUUGAUAAACAUUUGGACAGAGAUAAUGAAGAGUAAAUAAAAAAGACUUAUUCCAAGGAAAAAUUGAUGUUGUUUUAUAUCAACUCAUGACAGUGUAUAUAUUAGUUUCUGAUGUCUAAGCUUUAUUAUAUUUGUAACUUGUUUUAUUUCUGCCAUAGUAUUCCUCAUACACAGAAAAGCUUGUAAUUUCAAAAAGAGUAAAAUAUAUCUUGUAAGUGAUAUAACUGAAGACUUAAACAGUCUUCUAAAUAAUUGUUUUCAUACUAUGAGGUUUUUAAGUUGUCAGCCUAAAGACGCUAUAGUCUGUGUAACAAAUUUCAGUAGUUUCAAAUUUUAUUGUACUUCCAAGUGAACUAUUAGUUUUGUAUUUUUCUCUAGAAUUUUAUUUAAAUCAAAAAUUAAUUUAUUUGAUUGUUUGUUAACUGCUGUAACUGUUGGUUUUAUGGGUUGCCAGUUAGAUCUUGGUGUUUUAAAAAUAUGUUGAUAGCUUGCCAAUUAGAUCUUGGUGUUUUAAAAAUAUGUUGAUAGCUUGCCACUUAGAUCUUGGUGUUUUAAAAAUAUGUUGAUAGCUUGCCAAUUAGAUCUUGGUGUUUUAAAAACAUGUUAUGAUGCUUAAUAUUUUGUCAAGUAAUUUUCAUACAAGUGCAUUGAAAGCAUAAAAUACUGUUAUCUUCCAUAGAAGUUUACCUAAUAAGUUUUCUUUAAGUAGCAUAGCAGUAAGAGAAGUGAGUUGAAAUAGAUGUAUUCCUCCAAAAGCUCCCCCUGGUGUUAGUAACACACUGCUUACUAUUUCUUCUUGGUUUUUACAACAUCGGUAUUGAAUUAAAUCUGUCAACAGAUUACUGAUGAAUAAUUGAACUGGUAACCUAAUUAAAGAUUAGAGCAAUAAUUACUUUUUUGUGUAAACCUAUAAAUUUAUCUGCUGUUGUUUUUAUAAAAUGGUUAACUUUGACUUACAAAAGAAUAACAUCACCAACUUCGUAUAUUUCUGCUUUAAGUGUCUCAGUAAAUAGGUUUGUAAUGAGUAAGCAUGUGUCCUUUAAAUACUGUUUGUUCUAGCUCUGUAAUCACUGGUGUUUAUCCAAAAAGCUUGUCAACUGAAACUGGUUCUAGUAAAAGAAGAAACACUUUAAUACUUGAAAGAUUCUAGAAACUUGUGAGAAAUGGUGGCCAUACCGAUAUGUACAUUACUUUAUAGAGUAGAUAUUGUUUAAAGAUUGAGUAUUAUUUAAUUUAGAGUUGUAUCAAGUAAUUGUAGUUCUUUAAAUUCAAGAUUGGUUAGUAGUGUCGUGAUUUGGUACAAAUAUGUGGGUAGCAGAUCACCACAGAGCAUGGGUUACGGGUCCUAACAACGUGGGUUGACAUGCUCUGAUUAAAUGUGAGCGUAUCGUAGUUAAGAAUACUAAAGAAAAUAGCUGAUUAAUCAAGGAACGACAGAGUUUAUGGAUCAUUCUAAUUGAUCAAGAUAUCUCAACAUAUUUUUAAUCAAAAUUACAGAUUGUAUAAUAAUAAGCUACAAAUACCUUAUUUCUUUCAUGCUGUUCAUUCUGUUUCAUUUCUCACACAACUUGGAAUUAUAAGGUGUAGAAACUAUGAACAAUAGAAACUGUUCCUGUGGUUGAGCUCUUGAUUCAGUGUUAGAAAACCAUGUUUGAUAAUACAAGAUGUUACCUCAAGUUUAAGUUGUGGGUACAUCAUGAAAAUGAUAGUAAAUACUUUAGUGUGGAUGUUGGGUGAUAGGGUGCUGUUGACUGGCUAUCCUCCCUCUUGUCAAUAGUUCCAAAUUAUGGAUGGGAGUAGUGAGCCUUAAUAGCUUUGCCAUACAUAUAAAAUACAAUACAAAUAAUGUUUUUAUAAAUGUGCCAUAGCUUGUAGAUCCUGGCUCAGGUGUAAAAUAUUACAACCAAUUGAUUUUGUAACCAUGUUAUCAGAAU